UCCUCCUCAUUUCAGUGUAAGAUGGUGGUAAGAAGCUGCUAUCUGAAGAAAUAGUUAUACUGAAAAGGAAAACAUCAAACCGAUAUUUAAAAUAAGAGGUGGAUAAGUCAAUAAAGAAAUCUAAGCUGUUCGGAGGCAGUCAUCACCGCCCCAACUUCGUGUGAAUAGGCUAUCUGUGAAGUGGAAUCCCUGUAAUUGGAAAGCUAGCUAAAGUGAACCGCUGUGGUCUGAGGCUCUCCUUUCCCAGUGCAAUAGGAUGUCCCGUAGUCCCGAGCUGAAGGAGGACCCCAUGGAGUGCCCUUUGUGCAUGGAGCCACUGGAGAUCGACGACGUGAACUUCUUCCCAUGCACCUGCGGCUACCAGAUCUGCCGCUUCUGCUGGCAUCGAAUUCGCACGGAUGAGAACGGCCUGUGCCCAGCGUGCCGAAAGCCGUACCCCGAGGACCCGGCCGUGUACAAGCCCCUCUCACAGGAGGAGAUCCAGAGGAUAAAGAGCGAGAAAAAGCAGAAGCAGAAUGAGAGGAAGCAGAAGGUGACAGAGAACCGCAAACACCUGGCCAGUGUACGUGUCGUGCAGCGCAACCUGGUGUUUGUUGUGGGACUCUCACAGAGACUCGCUGACCCCGAGGUUCUUAAACGGCCAGAAUAUUUUGGAAAGUUUGGCAAAAUACAUAAAGUUGUCAUCAACAACAGUACAUCAUAUGCAGGCUCACAGGGUCCUAGUGCCAGUGCCUAUGUUACUUACAUCCGCUCAGAGGAUGCCCUAAGAGCAAUACAGUGUGUUAACAAUGUGGUAGUCGAUGGUAGAACACUUAAGGCUUCUUUAGGUACAACAAAAUACUGCAGUUAUUUUCUGAAAAGCAUGCAGUGCCCCAAGCCAGACUGUAUGUAUUUACAUGAACUGGGAGAUGAGGCAGCUAGUUUUACUAAAGAGGAAAUGCAGGCUGGGAAACACCAAGAAUAUGAACAAAAACUCCUGCAAGAUCUUUACAAACUGAAUCCCAACUUUCUACAAACAUCAACAUGUGGAGGGGAGAAGUCAAAAGGCAAAUCAAAUGCUACACAAAGACAGAAUAGUACCAGUAAAGAGAAUUGGCCCUUGCUACAGAGCUAUGGCAAAUUAGUUAACGGUUUACCUACAGAACAUCGCAAGUCCCCACCACUUUUAGACUGCCUGACAGAUUCAGAUCACAUGACUCCAGAUGAAGUAGACCCCGAGCUCAGCACGGACCAGAGCCCAGGCCUCCCAGCAUUCCCCUCGGCCCUAGAGCCUGCCAGUCCUGUUGAAAAACCAACGGAACCUGUAAGUAUAGGGAACGGAGAGAACACACAACAGGUUCCGAGCAGUGACUCACCCUCACCGCCUCCUGGGCUAUCAAAGCCCAGUCUGGUGGUGCCCAUCAGCAUGGCAGACCUCACAGCACGUUCCCCCUUCGAGGGAGCAGCUGCCGAGUCACAGUCUCUGUUCUCAGACAACAGCAACUUCAGGCACCCCAACCCCCUCCCCAGUGGACUGCCCUCUUUCCCCAGCUCACCGCAGGGCGGCUCAGAGUGGCCCAUGACCCCCGAACCCCACAGCCUUUUUGCCUCAGACACAAUCCCUGUCGCCUCCUCCACGGACUGGCAGGCUGCCUUUGGUUUUGGUUCCUCGGCCAAACAGCAGCAGCAAGAUGACGACCUAGGCUUCGACCCCUUCGAUGUAACCCGGAAGGCCCUGGCCGACCUCAUUGAGAAAGAGCUCUCUGUGCAGGAGGCCCCGCCCUGCUCACCCACACUCCCACCCCACACAGCUGCCAUCCCCAACGGACAACCACGCGGCCCCCAGCCGUUGCACCGCGGCCUCUUUGGCUCCUUCAGCCUGGCGCCACACAUCACCUCACGCCACCCCUGGAUGGGCCUGCCCACCCGCAACAAUCUCACGCACGUGAGCCACAUGGCCAGCACAGCACUCACGCACAGCCACUUCUUAGACGCAAGUGGCCCGCAUCAGCACCACAGCACAGGCCUCGGGGGGAUACCCAUAUCAGAAAGCAGUAGCUCAGCAGAAAGCAUCAACGUGAAAGAAUGGCAGGACGGUCUGAGAGCUCUCCUGCCAAACAUCAACAUCAACUUCGGAGGCCUCCCAAGCUCUACCUCCUCUUCCUCCUCCUCCUCCACUUCCAGCGUGAAUCACAUUGGGGUGUCGGCAGGGUCAGCAGGGGUCUCGCACAGUCUGAGCUGGGACGGCACGGCAAGCUGGAUGGACCCAGCCAUCAUCACCGGUGUCCCAGCAUCUGCGGGCAGUAGUUUGGACUGUCUCCAGGACGACAGCCCGCCCCACUGGCUGAAAUCCCUGCAGGCGCUGACGGAGGCAGAUGGACCCGGUGGCUCGGGGGCAGCGCCCCAGGCACAGCACACCGGCCUGCUGGACGCAGCGGCCCAGCUCUCGCUGCACAGAGCCGGCUGGGCCCCUUACCUCCCGCCCCCUACACUCACUCCCAGCCAGUUCCACUCUCCACCCCCAGGCUUCCAGACAGCCUUCAGACCCCCGGCGCAGACCGCCACGGACCUCCUACAGAGCGCCGGCAUGGACCGCCACUAGGGACAAGCCUCCAGCUCCAUCCACAUCCCUCCCUUCCUUUUAACUUAACUGUAACAACGCGUGAGGCUGCAGAAUAUCCCCAUCAUUAAUAACAUAACAUAAGCUCUUAUUCGUCUGACCCCUCUCCUUACAGCAUUUUUUUUUUUGAGGCACACUUUAAAUCGCCUUGUAAGGUGUGGAACGACACGCGGAGCAAAACUAGUGAGGGUGAUGAUUAGGUUGGCUCAUACAGAGGCUCCUAACUAAUGCAGAUGGUUCUGGUGAAAGAAAUGGCUAUCACUCUCUCACACACACACAUGCAGGAGAGGAGGUUUGAGGAACGUUGAAUGUUUGAAGUGCACAAAUGCAACUAAUGGUUAAAGAGAACAGAACUAGACUGUUGAAGUGUCUCGCCCACCAGUUUCCCAUCCAUCCUAGGCUGCUGUUCCGACCCAGCACUGUGAAUGUGCCGGUCUGCUCAGUGAUGGGGAUUGCAACUAUUCUGUCAAAGUGGAGAUGACUGAAAAUGUAUGGUCAUCUCAGAGGAGUCAACGCAGCACACCGGCGUCUCUGCCUCACGAGUCUGUGGCACAGGUCCACAGACGAGACUUGGUGACGCGGUGCAUGUGCAGCGGCCUCUGGUCCCCUGAGGGGGUUCCGAGGGCCCCCACGCGGCAUCGGGGGAGUCACUGCUGUACCUCUGUAUCAGAGGGUGGAGCGCUUCCCCACUGAAUGCUGGGGGCUCAGGUCCUGACUCACUAGCAGGCGAUCUACAGGGGACUUGAGAUGCCACUGUGUGGCACUCAGUCUCUCCGCUCCUAGUGAGGGAGAAGCAUCAAGACCGCAGAACACAUUCAUUAAACCCAUCAAUAUUAAGUGUCAGUGAUGCAGGUUUCAGUAGCCAAGGAAGGAUAGAGAUAGCAAAGAAGGGUGAUGGUUUUAAAGACAAAGACGAGAUUGCUGAUAAUGUGAGCAUCGUUAAAGACAGUAACACAAUUACUUCUGGCUAUUUCAGGGCCUCCGAAUCAUUUCCCUUUUUUUCUUUCCCUCUACUGUGUGGCCCAUCCUAAACAGUAUUUAUCAGACACAAUCAUUCAUUCUUUCAGGCAAAGUCAAUAUAGUCCAACCUUUUGGUUUUAACAUGCUGCUGAGAUAACACAUUUAACACGAAGUGAAGAGCGAAAAGAAUAAAAUAAUUGACUCCUUUUCUGCAGGUCUGGAACAACAAAAUCCUAAAUAAAAUUGAAUACUCAGUU